GUUUUCGCGUUGCGUUUCUCAUCAUGUACAAUGCUACAAUUUGUUUCAAAAUGUCUUUUCCGUCCACGUACCGGGAUGGUCGCAUUCGCGGCCACUCCCUUGGCUUUGAAGGCAUUCGCAUCGACUGUGGCUCAUAAAAAGCCCAAGCUGAAGCUUCGAGAUUAUCAGGAGGAAUGCAUCUCAUCGGUUCUAGAUUCAUUGAAACAGGGUCAUAAGAGAGUGGGAAUAUCCCUAGCUACUGGUAGUGGCAAGACGGUCAUCUUUACACAACUCAUCGACAAGAUCCCGCCAAUAUCCAAGGAGGCCACGCAAACCUUGAUUUUGGCGCAUCGUCGAGAGCUCGUUGAGCAAGCUGCUAAUCACUGUCAGCGAGCGUAUCCAAAUAAGACUAUCGAGAUUGAGAUGGGCAAUGUACACGCCACGGGAACAGCCGACAUUACUGUUGCCAGCGUACGGAGCAUAACAUCACAGGACCGACUGAGAAAGUUCAAUCCUUCCCGGUUCAAGCUGGUACUUGUCGAUGAAGCCCAUCAUAUCGUUGCGCCAGGCUAUCUAAAGACCCUGGGCCACUUUGGGCUUGAAGAGAAGCGGGACAACUCUCCAAACCUGGUUGGAGUGUCUGCUACCUUUUCACGAUUUGAUGGAGUUAGGAUUGGUGUAGCCAUUGAUGAGAUUGUCUAUCACAAGGAUUAUGUGGACAUGAUCUCUAAGAAAUGGCUCUCAGAUGUCAUCUUCACGACCGUUGAAUCCCAUGCCAACCUAUCAAAGGUGAAGAAGGGCGCAUUUGGCGAUUAUCAGCCUGGCGAGCUCUCCAAGGCUGUCAACACGGACGAAAUCAACGACAUCACGGUGCGCAGCUGGAUGGCCAAAGCUCCGGGGAGAAAGUCGACAUUGGUCUUCUGUGUUGAUGUGGCCCAUGUCGUCGAGUUGACUGAGCGAUUCCGAAAACACGGGUUUGACGCGAGAUACGUCACAGGAGACACCCCUAAGGUUGAGAGAGGCGAGACUCUUGAUGCUUUCAGGAACGGCGAGUUCCCUGUGCUGGUCAACUGCGGCGUCUUCACAGAGGGCACUGAUAUUCCGAAUAUUGACUGCAUCAUCCUAGGCAGGCCAACCAGGUCACGCAACCUCCUUGUUCAGAUGAUUGGAAGAGGAAUGCGAUUGCACCCUGGGAAAAAGAAUUGCCAUGUUAUCGACCUCGUGUCGAGCCUGGACACUGGAAUCGUGACAACUCCUACGCUGUUUGGCCUUGAUCCAAACGUGUUGAUUGAGAGAGCAACAGUGAAAGAUCUAAGAAAGAUCAAGGAGUCUCAAGAUGUAGAGCACGUGGACUCUCAGAUGUCUCUCUCCUACCAAACAUCUGGAGGCCCAAACUCCCCUGACUCAGUCACGUUCACCGACUACUCGUCCGUAUUGGACCUCAUCGCUGACACAUCAGGCGAGAAGCACAUUCGUGCCAUCAGCAAAUACGCUUGGGUUCAGGCGGGAGAGGAAAAGUUUGUGCUGUCAGCCCCUAACGGCUCCUACAUCAGGAUCGAAAAGAUCAGUGAGCGAAUCAAGACAUCUGAGCCCAUCUUUCGAGCCGUCGAAGUGCGCGCGCUUCCUCCUGGUAUGGCAAAGUCACCUUAUGCGAUGCCGAGAGAGAUCCUCACCGCCGCAACAUUCACCGACGCUGUGCACGGGGCGGACAGCUUCGCUGCAAAAGCAUUCCCUCAUACAUUUAUUCACCGCUACCAGAGAUGGCGUUCACUGCCUCCCACAAAGGGGCAGGUCGACUUCAUCAACAAGCUCCGCGGCAAGGCCAAACCCCUGACUGUCGACGACCUGACAAAGGGCAAAGCGGCCGACAUGAUCACCAAGCUUAAGCAUGGCGCCCGUGGUCAGUUUGCAAGGAUUGAAGCGGAACAGAAGAAGCAAGUCCGGCAAAGAGUGGCGGCAGAGACCAAGAGGCUUCGCGAGCAUGUCAGUGUCGGACCUGUGGCCGUCUGA